UUGCAAAUUGAAAAUUUUGAAGUGUUCCUAAAUCUAUCAGUACAAGUUUUUAUCAGUUUUAUAGCAAAAGAAUUAUUUUAAAUUAUUAUAAAAAUUUAUAUAAUUUAUAAAAAUGAUAUUAAAAUCAGUUAUAUUAAUUGGUGGUCCAUCAAAAGAAUCAAAAAUAUAUUUUGCAGGUACUAGAUUUAGGCCUCUUUCGUUAGAUAUACCAAAACCAUUAUUUCCAGUUGCUGGAUUACCAGUAAUACAGCAUCAUAUAGAAGCAUGUUCUAAAGUGGAUAAUCUUAGUGAAAUAUUGAUAAUUGGAUCAUAUCUUGCAAGUGAUUUAUCUCAAUUUAUUGAGGAAAUGAUAAGCACCUAUAAAAUAACUAUUAGGUAUCUUCAAGAAUUUACACCAUUGGGAACAGCUGGAGGUUUAUAUCAUUUUCGUGAUCAAAUACGUUCUGGUGGACCAACAUAUUUUUUUAUAAUGAAUGGUGAUGUAUGUGCUGAUUUUUCUUUGCAAGAAAUAGUAGAAUAUCAUAAAGAAAAACAAGCAUUAUUCACUAUUAUGGCUACUGAAGCAACAAGACAACAAUCUUUGAAUUAUGGUUGCAUGGUUCUUGAUAAGGAAGGAAAAGUUGCUCAUUAUGUAGAAAAACCAUCAACAUUUGUUUCAACUUUAAUUAAUUGUGGGAUCUAUCUUGCUUCAUUAGAUAUUUUUCAAACUAUGGCUGAUGCUUUUUAUGCAGGACAAAAUCAAGAGAAUUUUACCCAGUUCAAUGGUAAUGGUAAAGAUCCAGCUCAUAUAUCUCUUGAACAAGACAUAUUAAUGCGCUUAGCUGGAACUGGUCGUUUAUUUGCUUUACCUGUUUUGAAAUGGUGGUCACAAGUUAAAACUGCAGGUUCUGCUAUAUAUGCCAAUCGUCAUUAUUUAGCUUUAUAUAAAGCAAAACAUCCAAAUCGUCUUGCUUCUGUAGUUAAUGGACCUUGUCAGAUUAUUGGUGAUAUUUAUAUUCAUCCUUCUGCUUCUGUUCAUCCAACUGCAGUGUUAGGUCCAAAUGUAAGCAUAGGUCCAAAUGCUAUCAUUGCUCGAGGUGUUAGGAUAAGGGAAUCAAUUAUAUUAGCUAAUGCACACAUUCAACCACAUUCCAUUGUUUUACACAGUAUAGUAGGAAAGAGCAGUUAUAUAGGAGAAUGGGCAAGAAUAGAAGGAACACCUUGUGAUCCUAAUCCUGAUAAACCAUUUGCAAAAAUGGAAAAUUUACCUCUCUUUAAUACUAAUGGAAAACUGAAUCCUUCUAUAACAAUACUUGGCACUAGUGUACGUUUGGCAGCAGAAAAAAUUGUAUUAAAUUCUAUUGUCUUACCGCACAAAGAACUGACUAGAAAUUUUAAAAAUGAAAUUAUUCUUUAAGAUAUAUCUUAAAUUAUAUAAUAUAAUUCAAAAUAAUAUAUUUCUAUUAACUAAUUUAUAUAUACAAUUCUUCUAUCAUAUGGUUUUAUUUUAUAAAUUUGUCAAUUUAAAAUAGUAACUUAAGCACAAAAGUUAUUUAAAAAACUGGUAUUAAUAUGGAUAUAAAUAUUUUUUUAAUAAUUGUAUUAUUCUCAAUUGUUGGUUUAUAUAUUAAUAUAAAUAUAUGAAUAUAUCAUGUACAAAAAAAAAAAAAAUAUGUUUUCACCAUUUCUUAC